AUGAGCAUUUUUGCGGUGACAGUUGAAUGUAAGAUUUCCAUAGAUAUUAAUGUUGGUACGAACGCUAGUGAUAUCACAGUGGUCCAUUCGGGUUUCGAAGCGAACGUUGUUGGUGACCGAGAGAUCGAAUUGUUUAACAUUGGGAAGACUAAUAUUAGGAAGGCGGUCAAAGAUCAUUACGGCAGGGCUCCGAGCAACGUAUAUCUGAGAAGCCCGACGCCAUGGGGCGAUCUGUACAGGACGUACAACUGGGAACAGGUCACCAGAGUGUUGACAAUCAAGUCGGCGAGGGUGAAAGGCGUGACGAGGAAGCCGAUGAUAGUGAUGUCCCACGACUUCGAGAAUAUGUCGAAUGUAUCGAUAAAAGUCAACACCGGCAUCAGUCAGACUGUGGAGAACACUAUCGCUACGAGUUGGUCGAGGAGCAAGGAGGUGACGGUUUCACAGGAGAUAGACUACGAGGUGAACGUCCUGUUCGCCAAGGCGUCCGGCACUACGGGCAUAUCCUUUACGAGCAGUUGGGGGGAGACUGAGGAGAGAGCCGAGAGUACUACAGUUGGAAGUAGCAGUGAAGUGGAGACGGAAUUGCUGCCAGGUCAAGCGGUGACCGCCGUGCUGACAGCGAGUAGGGGUGCCUUAGAGGUCGAGGUCCUUUACGUUGAAACGCUGCGCGGAAAUGUUGCUGUCAAUUUCAAGAAUGCACUCGACGGUCAUCACUUCCGGGGACCUUCCAUUGACGCUGUCAUGAAGAGCGGCGGUUUGAAGAAUGAGAUUGUGGUGAAGGAAACUAUCAGACUAGGCUUCUAUACGGACGCAUCGUUAAAGGUGUUCGAUAAAGUGACUGGAGUUCCUGUC